AUGUCAUAUAUUUAUUACAUUGGUUCUCAAAGAGAUCUUUUUACAGUCUUAAGCGAAGAUGAAAUCAUAUCACGACUCGAAGAAUCGGACAUAGAUCUCUCUGAUAAUGAUGAAAAAGAUGACACUGCGUAUACACCGAGACCUGAAGAAGACGAGGGAUCAAGUACCUCAUUUUCCAGCUCUUCAGAUGAGGAAGCGGAUUCUCAAUCAGUAGUCUCUUUGCAAUCUUCAAUAAUAGGGAGAGGAAGGAGACGAGGCCGAAGCCGCACUCGCCCGCCUGGUCGAAGGGGGCGUAGUAGCACUCGUGGGUGUAUACAUCAAACACCAACACCUAUCUCCGAUGGAUGGAAUGGUCAGUUUGAGCCUUUGGAAAUUCCAUUUUACCAACCCAGUUACAAAAAAGUUGAGACGGAGUCAUGGACACCUGAAAAUUAUUUUACACAAUAUAUCGAUGACGACAUACUGAUUAAAAUGGUUUCUGCCACAAACCAAACUAAUAUACUUAGAAAAAGGAAUAGCUUAGGUCUAACAGUAAAAGAACUAAAAGUCUUUUUUGGAAUUCAAAUGGUUAUGAGUGCUAUUAAUUUGCCAAAAAUAUCGGUAUUUUGGUCUCAGAAAUUUGGAAUUAAUGUUAUAAAAGGGGCUAUGACACGAAAUAGAUAUUUUAAUAUAAGAAACAGUCUGAAAGUAGUAUUUGAUAGCGAUGUCUCUGAUGAAAUUAAGCAAAAAAAUAAAUUAUGGAAGGUGGAUCCACUUUUUCAAUCUCUUUUACGAGGCUGCCAUGCACAAGAAAAACCUAUCCAACUAAGCAUCGAUGAAAUGAUUAUACCAUUUAGCGGGCUAUGUGGAAUACGCCAAUAUUGUCCAGGAAAACCCAACCCUGUUGGUCUGAAAGUUUUUAUGUUGGCCACUCCUCAAGGCAUUGUCUUAGACAUGCUUCCAUACCAGGGUGAUACUACUUGUCCCCAAUUAAUUCGAGAAGGAUAUACUCUUGGUGAAGCUUCUAUUCUCAGUCUCUGUGAAACACUAAUGAAAGGUCACCACAUUUACUUUGAUAGAUAUUUUACCACGGUAAAAUUGGCUGAUAUUUUACUGCAAAAAGGUUUUUAUGCUACUGGCACGAUACAAAGAAACAAGAUUCCUAAAAACUGCCACCUCUCUGAUGAAAAAGUCUUUGCAAAGAUGUCCAAAGGAUUUUCUGAAACAAAAUGCAGAAAUGACAAAUUAGUAAACAUAGUUCGCUGGCUGGAUAACAAAUCCGUCAUCCUUCUAUCCACAAUUCACUCAAGUGAAAAACAGAACCUAUGCCGUAGAUGGUCUAAAAAAAAGAAAAUCUACGAAUUUGUAUCCAGGCCAGAAAUAGUCAAGUCAUACAAUCAGUAA